CUCCCCCCCCGGGGGUCGCGGCCGGAGGAUGGACGAGGCUGGAGAGCGAGCGGCCGACGAGGAGCCGGAGCCGGGCAGAGCCAAGACUUUCAUCCGCCUCAACGACCUGUCCGGGGCCGGGGGUCGCCAGGGGCAGGGGGCCGGGGCCGGGGCCGGGGCCGGGGGGGGGGGCAGCGGCGGCGGCGACUCGGAGGCGGAGGCGCUGCCCUACCCGGCGCUGGCCCCCGUCGUCUUCUUCUACCUGAGCCAGGAGAGCCGGCCGCGGAGCUGGUGCCUCCGGCUGGUCUGUAACCCCUGGUUCGAGCGGGUGAGCAUGCUGGUGAUCCUGCUCAACUGCGUGACGCUGGGCAUGUUCCACCCCUGCGAGGACAUCGCCUGCGACUCGCCGCGCUGCCGCAUCCUGCAGAGCUUCGACGAUUUCAUCUUUGCCUUUUUUGCCGUGGAAAUGAUAGUCAAGAUGAUCGCGCUGGGGAUUUUCGGGAAGAAAUGCUACCUGGGAGACACGUGGAACCGCCUGGACUUCUUCAUCGUCAUCGCGGGGAUGCUGGAGUACUCGCUGGACCUGCAGAACGUCAGCUUCUCAGCCGUGCGCACUGUACGCGUCCUGCGGCCACUCAGGGCCAUUAACAGAGUCCCCAGUAUGCGCAUCCUGGUGACGCUGCUCCUGGACACGCUGCCUAUGCUGGGGAACGUCCUCCUCCUCUGCUUCUUCGUCUUCUUCAUCUUCGGCAUCGUGGGAGUCCAGCUCUGGGCGGGUUUGCUCAGGAAUCGCUGCUUCCUCCCCGAGAACUUCAGCAUCCCCUACACGGUGGAUUUGGAGCGGUACUACCAGACAGAGAACGAAGACGAGAACCCCUUCAUCUGCUCCCAGCCCCGCGAGAACGGGAUGCGCUACUGCCGCAGCAUCCCGACGCGCAGGGAGGAGGGCCUCGAGUGCACCCUGGAUUACUACUCCUACAAUGACACCACCAACACGUCCUGUGUCAACUGGAACCAGUAUUACACCAACUGCUCAGCCGGGGAGCACAACCCCUUCAAGGGUGCCAUCAACUUCGACAACAUCGGCUACGCCUGGAUUGCCAUCUUUCAGGUCAUCACACUGGAAGGCUGGGUGGACAUCAUGUACUUCGUCAUGGACGCGCACUCCUUCUACAACUUCAUCUACUUCAUCCUCCUGAUCAUCGUGGGCUCCUUCUUCAUGAUCAACCUCUGCCUCGUGGUGAUAGCGACACAGUUCUCGGAGACGAAGCAGCGCGAGAGCCAGCUGAUGAAGGAGCAGCGGGUGCGCUACCUGUCCAACGCCAGCACCCUGGCCAGCUUUUCGGAGCCGGGCAGCUGCUACGAUGAGCUCCUCAAGUACCUGGUUUACAUUGCCCGUAAAGGCAGCAAGCAGCUCGUGGAGGUCUACCGGGUGGCGGGCGUGAGGAUGGGCUUCCUUGCCAGCCCCACCAGCAAGGUGGGGGCCGACCGGCACUCCGGCAAGCGCCGGGCCAGGAAAAGGUCCUCGGUGCACCACCUCAUCCAUCACCACCACCACCACCACCACCACUACCACUUGGGAAACGGCAACCUGCGGGCGCCCCGUGCCAGCCCGGAGAUCAGCGACGUGGACACCAGCUCCCUCCACAAUGGCACCAACCGGCUGAUGCUGCCCCCGUCAGCACCAAACCCCGGCACCGCUCCCGGCACCACCGAGUCCGUGCACAGCAUCUACCACGCCGACUGCCACGUGGAGCCGCUGCGCUGCCGGCCAUCCCUCCCACAGCCGGCUCUUGGCUUGCCGAGCCCAGAAGGUGUCCCCAGGGGCAUGGGGGGCGGCAAGGUGUACCCCACGGUGCACCCCAGCACCUCCCAUGAGGUGCUAAAGGAGAAGAGCCUGGGGGAGGCGGCGGUGGGGGCCGGCAGCAGCACGCUGACCAGCCUGAACAUCCCGCCCGGGCCGUACAGCACCAUGCACAAGCUGCUGGAGACGCAGAGCACGGGGUUCUUUUCGGUCCACGUUACGGAUAAAGGUGAUGGAUUUGCAGGUCCCUGCCCGAGCUCCUGCAAGAUCUCCAGCCCCUGCACCAAGCUGGACAGCGGCUCCUGCAACCCCGAGGGCUGCCCCUACUGCCUGAAGGCGCUGGCGAGCGAGGCCGAGCAGACGGACAACGAGAUGGCGGACUCGGACAGCGAGGAGGGGGUCUACGAGUUCACGCAGGACGCCCACUACAGAGACCAGCGGGACCCCCAGCGCGGCAGGGCCCGGGCCAGGAGCGCUGGCAGGGUGCUGGCCUUCUGGCGCGUGGUGUGCGAGACCUUCCGGAAGAUCGUGGACAGCAAAUAUUUCGGUCGCGGGAUCAUGGUGGCCAUCCUCAUCAACACGCUCAGCAUGGGCAUCGAGUACCACGAGCAGCCAGAGGAGCUUACCAAUGCCCUGGAGAUCAGCAACAUCGUCUUCACGAGCCUCUUUGCCCUGGAGAUGCUGCUGAAAGUCCUCGUUUACGGUCCCUUCGGCUACAUUAAGAAUCCAUACAACAUCUUUGAUGGGAUCAUCGUGGUGAUUAGCGUGUGGGAGAUUGUGGGCCAGCAGGGCGGGGGCCUCUCUGUCCUGCGGACCUUUCGGCUCAUGCGAGUGCUGAAGCUGGUCCGCUUCAUGCCCGCCCUCCAGCGCCAGCUCGUCGUCCUCAUGAAGACCAUGGACAACGUGGCCACCUUCUGCAUGUUGCUGAUGCUCUUCAUCUUCAUAUUUAGCAUCCUGGGGAUGCACCUCUUCGGCUGCAAGUUUGCCUCUGAGCGAGACGGCGACACGCUGCCCGACAGGAAGAAUUUCGACUCCCUGCUCUGGGCCAUCGUCACCGUUUUCCAGAUUUUGACCCAGGAAGACUGGAACAAGGUCCUCUACAACGGCAUGGCAUCUACCUCCUCCUGGGCUGCUCUCUACUUCAUUGCUCUCAUGACGUUUGGGAAUUAUGUUCUCUUUAACCUGCUGGUGGCCAUCCUGGUGGAGGGUUUCCAGACAGAGGAGAUCUCCAAGCGAGAAGACGCGAGCGGGCAGCUGAGCUGUAUUCAGCUGCCUGUCAACCCGGCGGCGAAAGGCAAACUGGGAGUGCAAGAACAGGGUGACGCUUCCAAGUCCGACUCGGAGGGCGAUCUCUUCCCCCGCAGCCUGGAAGAGGAGGCCGGACUGAAGAAGAACUUGUCAAACCCAGCCUUGAUGGCCCUGAGCGACCACCCAGAGCUGAAGAAGAGCCUCACCCCGCCGCUCAUCAUCCACACCGCUGCCACGCCGAUGCCCAUGCCCAAGAGCGCCGUGUUCAGCGAGGCCGCACAGGGCUACGAGUCGCGCCGGGCCAGCGGCGUCUCCGUGGACCCCGCCACCUACGAGCUCAAGUCCCCGCCCAGUGCCCGCAGCUCCCCGCACAGCCCCUGGGGCGCCGGCAGCAGCUGGACCAGCCGCCGCUCCAGCUGGAACAGCAUCGGCCGGGCGCCCAGCCUCAAGCGGCGGGGCCAGAGCGGCGAGCGCAGAUCCCUGCUUUCUGGAGAGGGGAAGGAGAGCUCGGAGGAUGGGGAGAGCUCGGACGAGGAGCGCUCCAGCCGGGCCGGCAGCUUCAAUGGGUCCUUACCUCAUCGCAUGGAGUCGCUGGAGACAAAAGGCUCCUUCGACCUCCAGGACACCCUGCAGGUGCCUUCCCUGUACCGGACCAGCAGCAUGCACAGCAGUCGCACCUCCGCCUCCGAGCACCAGGACUGCAACGGGAAAACCUCUCCAGGCCUGCUGGUACACCAGCUCCACCUGGACGACCCCCGGCAGGACUGCGAUGACGGCGAUGAUGAAGGCAACAUGAGCAAAAGGGACCGAGUGAAGGCUUGGAUCCGGGCACGUCUUCCUGCCUGCUGCAGAGAGAGAGACUCCUGGUCCAUCUACAUCUUUGCUCCUCACUCAAGAUUCCGUCUGAUGUGCAAUAAAAUCAUCACGCACAAGAUGUUUGAUCAUAUCGUCCUGGUGAUCAUCUUCCUCAACUGCAUUACCAUUGCCAUGGAACGACCCAAAAUCGAGCCUCACAGCGCUGAACGGAUCUUCCUAACGCUCUCUAACUACAUCUUCACGGUUAUCUUCCUGACUGAGAUGACAGUUAAGGUGGUGGCACUAGGCUUGUGUUUUGGGGAGAAAGCCUACUUGAAAAGCAGCUGGAACGUGCUGGAUGGGGUGCUGGUUCUCAUCUCGGUCAUUGACAUCCUGGUCUCGAUGGUGUCAGACAGUGGCACGAAAAUCCUGGGGAUGCUGAGGGUUCUGAGACUGCUGAGGACGUUGCGGCCCUUAAGAGUCAUUAGUCGAGCCCAAGGACUGAAGCUGGUGGUGGAGACUCUCAUGUCAUCCCUAAAGCCCAUUGGGAACAUCGUGGUCAUCUGCUGCGCCUUUUUCAUAAUCUUUGGGAUCCUGGGAGUUCAGCUUUUCAAAGGCAAGUUUUUUGUCUGCCAGGGGGAGGACACCAGAAACAUCACAAAUAAAUCGGAUUGUGCAGAAGCAAGCUACAAAUGGGUCCGGCACAAGUAUAAUUUUGAUAAUCUCGGCCAGGCCCUGAUGUCUCUCUUUGUUCUGGCCUCCAAGGACGGGUGGGUGGAUAUCAUGUACGAUGGCCUGGAUGCUGUGGGAGUUGACCAGCAGCCAGUCAUGAACUACAACCCGUGGAUGCUCCUCUACUUCAUCUCCUUCCUGCUGAUUGUGGCCUUCUUCGUCCUCAACAUGUUCGUGGGGGUCGUGGUGGAGAAUUUCCACAAGUGUCGGCAGCACCAGGAGGAGGAAGAAGCCAAGAGGCGGGAGGAGAAGAGGCUUCGCCGGCUGGAGAAAAAGAGAAGGAGUAAGGAGAAACAGAUGGCUGAUCUAAUGCUGGAUGAUGUAUUAAUGGAGAGCACAGCCAGUGCAGUGCAAGAAGCACAGUGCAAGCCCUACUAUUCGGAUUACUCCCGCUUCCGCCUCCUGAUCCACCAGAUGUGCACCAGCCAUUAUCUGGAUCUGUUCAUCACAGGCGUCAUCGGCCUCAAUGUGAUCACCAUGGCCAUGGAGCACUACCAGCAGCCAAAGGUUCUCGAUGAAGCCCUGAAGAUUUGCAAUUACAUCUUCACCGUUAUCUUUGUCCUGGAGUCUGUCUUCAAGCUUAUUGCCUUUGGGUUUCGUCGCUUCUUCCAAGACAGAUGGAACCAAUUAGAUCUGGCAAUUGUACUGCUGUCUAUCAUGGGUAUCACUUUGGAAGAGAUUGAGGUGAAUGCUUCGCUACCAAUUAACCCCACUAUUAUCCGAAUCAUGAGGGUUCUCAGGAUUGCUCGAGUGUUGAAGUUGCUGAAGAUGGCUGUAGGGAUGAGAGCCCUGCUGGACACCGUGAUGCAAGCGCUGCCUCAGGUGGGGAAUCUGGGUCUUCUCUUCAUGUUGUUGUUUUUCAUAUUUGCAGCUCUUGGAGUGGAGCUCUUUGGAGACCUCGAGUGCAACGACACGCACCCCUGCGAGGGGCUGGGGAGGCAUGCCACCUUCCGAAAUUUCGGGAUGGCCUUUCUCACUCUCUUCCGGGUAUCCACGGGGGACAACUGGAACGGGAUAAUGAAGGACACCCUGCGAGACUGUGACCAGGAGUCCACCUGCUACAACACCGUCAUUUCGCCCAUCUACUUCGUCUCCUUCGUGUUGACAGCCCAGUUUGUCCUGGUGAACGUGGUGAUCGCCGUGCUCAUGAAGCACUUGGAGGAGAGCAACAAAGAGGCUAAAGAGGAGGCAGAGCUCGAGGCAGAGCUGGAGAUGGAGAUGAAGACAAUCAGCCCUGGCCAGCGCAGCCCCUCGGACAUCUUUGCUUGGACAGGCAGUGUCAGUGGCGAGAGACCCGAGAGCCCCCGAGGAUGUACCAAUCCCAUGCAAAUCAAGGUGGAUUCUCAGCUCUCAUUAGUUUACCCUAUGGAAAGGCACUUGUUUGAUACCAUAUCACUGCUGAUCCAGGAAUCUCUGGAAGGAGAGCUGAAGCUGAUGGACAACCUGUCAGGCUCUGUGUGCCAUCAUUAUGCCCUCCCUGCUCCUGAAUAUUACAACUCUGAGAACCAGAUCCCUCUAGCUGAGAUGGAGGCUCUGUCUCUGACGUCAGAUAUUCUCUCUGAAAAGUCCUGGUCCUUAGCUCUGACGGAUGACUCUUUUCCUGAUGAUACUUACACACACUUACUUAAUGCUCUGGAAAGCAAUGCUGAUCUCCGCUCCAAGGACGACACGCUGAUGCUGUCCCCCGACAAGGACUUGCUGAGCGUGAGGAAGCCGUCGGUGGGGCGCACCCGCUCCCUGCCCAAUGACAGCUACAUGUUCCAGCCGCCACGCUGCCGGCCCUGCACCGCCGGCCUGGCCGAGAGGACUCCGGCCCACCACAAGGCCCAGUCAGGUUCAAAGGCAUCAGUGCAGUCGCAGCCAGCAGACACCAGCUCUCUCCUGCAAAUUCCAAAAGACCAUUUUCACCACAUAAGAGCUCACGACCACUUGGUCUGGGAGAGCAAAUCCCAGGUUUCCCAGCCAGUGCACUCUCCUUCUGCUGAGAGGCUACUCCGUAGACAGAUGGCUAUAAGGAAUGACUCUCUGGAUAGCAAGGAGAACCUCCACACCGAGGUGGGUGAACUCUCUGACCCAAAUGUCCCCGCUGCGCCCCGGGAGGAGUCAUCGGGUGCUCUGGUGCCCUCAGAAGCGAAAGAAUUGGCCACAUGGAGCCGGGCAAGCGUUCAUACGCAGCAGCAUUCCCACAAUCAGUAUAACAUUUCAAAGCAGGCACCAGCGUCGUGUGCUUGUGCAGACUUGUAUCAGGAGACGCCUGGAGAUUCAGUGGACCAAGAAGUAUCUGAAACAAACAGCUCCUCAGAGCCUUUCACUUCAGAAACUUGCACAGCCUCGAGUGCCUGUUCAGAGGCUCAGCCUCUCACUCCUAAGAGGAACGUGGGCAAUACCGGCAGCGUUACACUGAAGGACCUGAAGAAAUACCAUAGUGUAGACACCCAGGGUCUUCUAAAAAAACCGCCCUCUUGGUUAGAUGAUCAAAGGAGACAUUCAAUAGAAAUUUGUUCCAUGGAAAACAGCCCUCAGCACCAUUCCACGUCUAGCUCUUCUGGCUUCAUAAGUCAGGUGGUAAGUGAAAUGGAAGGCUUGCAAGGAACACGGCAGAAGAAAAAACUGAGCCCUCCGUGUAUAUCUAUAGAUCCUCCCGACGGACAGAGUUUGCUACCUAGAGGACCUCACAGCAUCUCACCUGCCAGUGGAGAUACUUGCUUGAGACGACGUGCUCCAUCUUGUGAUUCCAAGGAUUCGAUGGAUAUAGGGGAUUCGUUGCUUCCAGACAGUAUGUCAACAUCUCCUACCCCAAAGAAAGACUUGUUGACACUUCCUAGCUUUUCCUUUGAUCAAACGGAAAUGGACCCCUGAGUUACUUUUCUGUUGGUGCCAAACGUUUUUUUCCUUUCAUGUAAUAGGAAAAAAAAAAAUCAAAAACUCUGUAUUCCAAAAUGGCACCAGGUAAAAAAUUUCCAAAGAAAGAUUAAAGAACCAGCUGGUUAAAAGAGUGGUUAACCUAUAUCACGCUUACUUAAGCAUAUGUUCUGCUUAGGUAAAAGCAAUACAAUGUGCAGAAUCUAUAUGUAUAUUAUAUUUUAUUAAAUUAAUUGAAUCUAGUAUUGCGGGAUGUAGUACAUUUUGUGACUAAAGACUCGUUUAAUUUUUCUCUAUUUUAUGUAUCUCAGAAUAUUUCUGAGAUAAAGUUGGUUUUUAUGAAUAUUUUAACCUAAAAAUAUAUAUUUAAUCCCUUCUCUUUUUUGUUUUGUUUUGUUUGGGUUUCAUUUUGUUUUGCAAAGCACAAAAUGUAGCCAAUUAGUGCAUUACAGAGGAAAUGUAUCCCACAGUCAGCAGUAAAUAAGAAUUAUUUAAUGUAAUUUAUUUUUCCCCUUGGACUGAAGUCAUUUUCUGAAGAAAAAAAAAAAGAAAAAAAAAAAAGGAAAAAAAAGCUUGCUUGGAUAGUAUAAAAAUGCAGCGGCAUUUUUUUAAAACCAAAUAAUAUUCGAAUCUUGUGUAAAAUUGACAUCUAGAGAGAAAAACAGGUGCACGAAACCCGGAAUGUAAAACAUGCUGAUAUACACCUGAAGGUUGUGAAUGUAGAGCCAAUCCAACUGUACGCUGGCACUACACAAUAUUGACUUAUAACAGGAUUAUUAUAGAUCAUCCACUGGUGGUUUGCAAAAUCAUGUCAAUGGAUAAUUUUCAUAUGUGCCUAGGAAACCGAGGCAACAAAAGCCUGGGGUCACUUCUGAAGUGUUUUCCAGCGUCUCGGAGACAGGCUGCUGCUUUUGCUGAGUUCCACACCUGUGGAAGCCUGCUGUUCCCAGGGGAGCCCCCUUUUUGCAGCAGGACGCAGGUGAGAACAAGGCCAGCUUUAGGGUUUGAGCUGGGUGACUUCGGUCCCCCAGGACAGCAGUGUGCUUAAGCACCUGUCUCAAGUUUUUGCUUAAACUGCAUUGAAGUUGAUCGUAUUUAAGUAAUUCUUUAAAAUUGAAGUCUUAUGUUUAUGCGUUGAACAGAAUCGAGGCCUAUUACAGUUUACAAGUUAUUUUACAGAGCACAUGUAAGGAAGUCUGUAAGUACUGAAAUGGUUGUUGAUUUUCAGUAAAAAGCCAGGUUUUUUUGCUAUCACUGCUGGAGUUAACUGACACGACCCUGCUGAAAUUUUAUUUCCAAUCUAGCAAAAGCCUUAAGCAGCAACUUCAUGAUACAAAGUCAACAAAAAUGGAAUCCGUGUCCUUACUUUGUUAACAUGUCCUUAGCAUCAGUCAUCUAGGAAAUGAACUGUUUGCUUCUGUGCUAAUGCCCUCUGCAAAAAGCAAUCACAGAAGCAGACAGCACAGCCUGAAAUCUCUGGGGGCUGGCCCCAUUCAACUCAUCCUGCUUUUCAUAAGACUGAUAGAAAGCAGACAUUAACUUCACUGAACCUCCCUGAAAUCAAAUUAAGAUGUAGGCUAAAUAAGACUUUGAAGGCAUGGUUUUAAGUAUGGGAACAGUCACAGGUUUAAAAUGGCAUGCGUGGAUAAGUCUUUGCUGGAUCACAUCCUUAAACCCUCACAAGCACGAGAAGGAUUUGUGCUAAUUCUACCAGUCGGGAGUUUGUAACUUUUUGAGCACUACUGAUCUUUUCAAAUCACUUAAAGAUGUUGAUAUACAGCCUUUUAUCCGUUGGGAGAUUAGACCAUUACGACUACAUGUGUCUGCAUUAGCUUCAAGUAUGUACACCAGGAGAAGAUGCUGUUUAUACGUAACAGCCUGUGUCAGGUCUUAAGCUCCUUUAUUUUCACUCAAGGAAGUUUCCUCCAUAAACAAUCCCUUUUGAUUUACAUGUCCUGUGAAAAUGUAAGGGACUUCAGCAGGAAGUCAGGCACUCGGUGUAUUUGAAGGACGAAGAUUAACACUGAACUAUUUACUGCAGACAGAUUAAUUCUUGGCUGGGACAUUUUUCCCCUCUUCACCAUGGGCCCACACAGAGAAGACUCUCUUUGAUAUGCCUGGCCAAAUCCAGAGCUAAGCCCGUUUAAAGCAAUGAUUUCAAACAAACCUUUCAUCAGUUCUUCCCCCAGAUUAUAUUUAAGGAAAUAAUAAAAUUACAGUGUAUUAAGCCUGAGAAAUAUUCUUAAUCCCUUUUUGGUUUUACGCUCAUAAUGAGCCUUAGCUUUGCCUUUCACAUUUACUAAAUAAUUUGGGAAAAUAGCUAGGCCACUGAAAUUGCUGACCCUGGUUCCUUAAUGAUCAGGAGUGUGUUGAUAUCUCUGGAAUGAUACAGUCCCUUCCUGAUAAAAAAGUAUGCAGCAUUUUAUCUUGAAAUCGUGGCACAAAAUGGUGAUGUGAUGUUAAUCCAAAUGCUCAACUCCAAAUGUAACAAAGUCUAAAGGCUGUUCUAUUUUCAAGACUCGGGGUUUCGCCCACUGACAAGGUUUGUGUAAGCAACAAAAAGUUUACAUCAUACAUGAAUAUUCAAUAAGGACUAGCCAAUAAAAAAAUACUGUACAGUGAUGCAGUCAGGAAAAUAAAUCCAUGUAAAAUAGUUUGUUUUCUAAACCAGAUAAGUUUUUUCUAGACACCCUUUUGAAAAACAAAUACAAAUGUACUGCAGUGCGUGCAAUAAUCUUAAGAUAAUUUUAAAUACCUUUGGGGGGGUUUUAUAGAAUUUGACUUUUUUUAAACAAAAUGUACAAAAUCCACAGGAAUUCUGUAGAAUGGUUAUGUUGAUAGAAUUUUUUAUAUUUUUGUAGAAAUCUAUAGAGAAAUUGUUAAAAGUCUGCAUAGCAUCUUGGGAACAGAAGCAGCUCUACCUACAAUUUUCUUUUCAUAAACCUGGAGCCAGACCUACUGUAUUACAACAUUUAUAGCUUAGUUUCAGAGCCUGCAUCCAGGUUGUGUUUAGAAGUAAGCAGCUAAACUAAGGUUCUAUGAUAUUGCAGUGCUAUUACUGUUCAAGGACUGUACUGAAAUAAAACAUCUACCCCCAGAACUCAGCCCAUAUUGGUGGCAAAGUAGUCGCAUUGCUAUCCAGUUCAUUCAAGCACACCAGCACUUUAAUACUGUGGAUUUACUGUAUACAGGCAGCAGGAGGAUGUUCUGCCAUUGCCAGGCUGACACAGGAGAAAGGAGAGAGAUUGCAGACGUGUCUGGAAAAAUGUAAAUUCCAUUCUUACAGCCCCUUGCACAUAGGACUGAAUUUUCAUAGCUCGGUUACAGGCCGUUUAUACUGUAGAUAUUUUGGAGGAGGGCAAAGAAAACACUGUUUUUGACUUCUGUGGAUUGCACUCAGCACAAGGUGUGUUCAAGGAAAUAAAAUAAAAAUUAAAAAAAAAAA